AUGGCAGCUAACGUACUGGAAGAAGACUCAAUGGAGCAGGACAUAGAGAGCCCUGUCACUAUUCAUCAGCCAAAGUUGCCCAAACAAGCUAGAGAGGAUCUGCCAAAAAAUAUAAACAAAGAAUGUGCCAAGAGAAAAAUCCAGAGGUAUGUUAGGAAAGAUGGGAAAUGCAACGUCCACCAUGGGAAUGUCAGAGAGACUUACCGUUACUUGACUGACAUCUUCACUACCUUAGUCGAUCUCAAGUGGAGGUUCAACCUGUUGAUUUUUGUCAUGGUUUACACUGUGACCUGGCUCUUCUUUGGAAUGAUCUGGUGGCUAAUUGCCUACAUGCGAGGAGAUAUGGAUCAUAUAGGGGACAGCACGUGGACCCCAUGCGUCAGCAACCUCAAUGGGUUUGUCUCAGCCUUUUUAUUCUCAAUCGAGACAGAAACCACCAUUGGGUAUGGUUACCGGGUCAUCACGGACAAGUGUCCCGAGGGAAUUAUUCUGCUUUUAGUGCAGUCUGUUUUAGGUUCUAUCGUCAACGCUUUCAUGGUUGGCUGCAUGUUUGUGAAAAUAUCCCAACCCAAGAAGAGGGCAGAAACCUUGGUUUUUUCUACAAACGCAGUUAUUUCCAUGCGGGAUGGAAAGCUGUGUCUGAUGUUCCGAGUAGGAGACCUUAGGAAUUCACACAUUGUAGAGGCAUCAAUACGAGCCAAGUUGAUCAAAUCCAAACAGACAAAGGAGGGGGAAUUUAUACCACUCAACCAGACAGAUAUCAACGUAGGUUAUUACACAGGGGAUGAUCGUCUCUUUUUGGUUUCACCACUGAUCAUCAGCCAUGAAAUUAACCAGCAGAGUCCUUUCUGGGAGAUUUCCAAAGCCCAGUUGCCCAAAGAGGAGCUAGAAAUUGUUGUAAUCCUAGAAGGAAUGGUGGAGGCAACAGGAAUGACCUGCCAAGCUCGAAGUUCAUACAUUACAAGUGAGAUCCUGUGGGGUUACCGUUUCACCCCUGUCCUCACUCUGGAGGAUGGAUUUUAUGAAGUUGACUACAACAGUUUUCACGAAACAUAUGAGACCAACACACCAGUUUACAGUGCCAAAGAGCUGGCAGAGAUGGCCAGCCGAGCAGAACUACCCCUGACAUGGUCUGUUUCCAGCAAGCUGGACCAGCACGCUGAGCUGGAAACUGAAGAGGAGGAAAAGAAUCAAGAAGACCAAAAUGAAAGAAAUGGUGAUGUGGCCAACUUGGAGAAUGAGUCCAAAGUGUAG